AUGGCGACCUCACAACUUGCCUUCCGGACAUUCCCUGGCUCUUCAGCUUUCUCUGACUUUCGCCUCGAUCACCUGAAGUCCGCCUUAGGGGCGAAGGAUCUGCAGGCGAUAUGGGUACAUUAUAUAUCGUCGCCGCGUCAGCUUUUGGCCGGCGAGAUCUCCAUCCUGGAUCAACUCCUUGAAUAUGGAAGCUACCCAGAUGUGAAGACUGAACUUUAUGGCGCUCUGCUCAAGGCGGUCAUUAACGGCAACCAUCCCGAGGAUGCGACAACGAGCUUGUUCUUCGUCAGCCCUCGGGCAGGCACAAUUUCGCCUUGGAGCUCGAAAGCGACGAGCAUUGCUCAAGUAUGUGGCCUUGGGCAGGUGGUCAGGAGGAUAGAGCGUGGCAUCAUCUUCGCUGCAAGAUUUGAGCAGGCCCCACAAGGUGAUUCCAUCCCAAGCCCGGAUUCGUUGUAUGAUCGCAUGACGGAGACGCUCAGCACAAACCCGCCAGAUCUCAAUGAGAUGUUUGCGCAGCUUCCACCUCAACCUUUGGAACGGAUAGACCUGUUGCAUAGCUCGGCUGGACCUAGAGCUGCGCUGGAGGAUGCCAACAAGCGACUUGGUCUCGCGCUAGAUGCAUCUGAGAUGGACUACUUGAUCGAUGCAUAUACGAACCAGCUUCAGCGCAACCCUACCGAUGUUGAGCUCUUCAUGUUCGCACAAGUCAACUCUGAACACUGCAGGCAUAAGCAGUUCAACGCAGGCUGGACCAUUGACGGAGUUGAGAAAGGUCGAAGCCUGUUUUCUAUGAUUCGAAAUACACACAAUACUCAUCCAGAUCAUGUCAUAUCUGCCUACAGUGACAAUGCAGCUGUUCUACAAGGCUUCACAGGAACGCAUUGGGCACCUGAGCAGAUUAGUGGAGAAUGGAAGCAGACCAAGGAGACCGUACAUUAUCUCGCCAAGGUCGAGACACAUAACCAUCCAACUGCUGUAUCGCCCUAUCCUGGAGCUGCGACUGGAUCGGGAGGUGAAAUUCGAGAUGAAGGAGCUGUCGGCAGAGGUUCGAAGCCCAAGUCUGGGUUAGCUGGAUUUAGCGUGUCAGAUCUGCGCAUUCCUGGUCAUGAGCAGCCAUGGGAGCUUGACAUUGGAAAGCCUGCUCAUCUCGCAAGCAGUCUGGAUAUCAUGAUUGAAGCUCCGAUCGGGAGCGCUGCUUUCAACAACGAAUUCGGUAGGCCCUGCACAACUGGAUAUUUCCGCACGCUUUCGAUGAAUGUACCUGUCGAUGAGACUUCGACCGAAGUCAGAGGCUAUCAUAAGCCAAUUAUGAUUGCAGGUGGCGUAGGUACAGUGCGACCAGAGAUGGCGCUUAAGAAGAAGGGUCUGGUAAGCUCUGGUGCUCAUCUGGUUGUGCUUGGUGGACCAGCCAUGCUCAUUGGUCUUGGUGGCGGAGCAGCCUCAAGCAUUCAAUCAGGCGAGGGAAGCGUCGAUCUGGAUUUCGCAAGUGUGCAGCGUGGAAAUGCUGAAGUGCAGCGCAGAGCGCAAGAAGUCAUCAAUACUUGCACCUCGCUUGGCCAGCAGAGUCCAAUCCAGCUCAUCCAUGACGUUGGUGCUGGUGGUCUAUCGAACGCACUUCCAGAACUUGUCGAAGACGCCGGCUUUGGUGCGAAGUUCGAGCUUAGAGAAAUUGACAAUGCUGAUCCCAGCUUGAGCCCGCUGCAGAUCUGGUGUUGCGAGGCUCAAGAGCGAUAUGUCAUGGCGAUUGCACCCGACAAGCUCGAUACAUUCAUCAGAAUCUGCAAGCGAGAACGUUGUGGCUACUCAGUCGUUGGUCAAGCACAACAGGAGCAACGUCUGGUGCUGAUGGAUCGUGAUUCGAAAGACGAGCCAAUACCAAUCGACCUGCCAAUGUCGACACUAUUUGGCAAACCGCCGAAGAUGCAUAGGACUGUGGACUCCCGCAGACUCAAGCUUCCAGCAUUCGACAGCAGUCUGGCCACCUACCUUCCCAAGUCUCCUACAACUACUCAAGCAGUGCUACCCAACGCAGUAGACAGGGUACUUGCUCUACCGGCUGUCGGCUCCAAGUCUUUCCUCAUCACGAUUGCCGAUCGCACUGUCGGUGGCCUCACAGUGCGAGAUCAGAUGGUUGGGCCUUGGCAGACUCCUGUUGCAGACGUCUCGGUCACUGCGACGUCGCUCACACCUGGAAUAAAAACCGGUGAGGCGAUGGCUAUGGGAGAGAAGCCGACGGUGGCCCUUAUCUCGUCGGCAGCAUCAGCUCGUAUGGCCGUAGCCGAGUCGCUUCUGAACAUCGCCGCCGCGAGCAUUCCCAACAGACUCAGCAAGAUCCGACUUUCAGCGAACUGGAUGGCAGCAAGCAGUCAUCCUGGCGAAGGUGCUGCGCUCUAUGAAGCUGUCGAGGCGAUCGGCAUGCAGCUUUGUCCCGAACUGGGCAUUUCUAUACCAGUGGGUAAAGACUCCAUGUCAAUGAAGACUAAGUGGGAAGGCAAAGAAGUCACUGCACCGCUAUCAUUGGUCAUUUCUGCUUUUGCGCCAGUCAAUGACCUAGCCAGCACCUGGACUCCAACACUCAGACGACAAGAAGAUGUUGGCGACACACUUUUGAUGUUUGUUGAUCUGGCUGGUGGCAAGAAGGCUCUAGGUGGCUCGGCUUUGGCACAGGUCUUCAGCCAAGUAGGCAACACGGCUCCAGAUGUUCACGAUGUCGACUUCAUCAAGGAUUUCUACCAUGCUGUCGAGCAACUUCACGAGUCGGACGUUGUUCUCGCCUAUCACGACCGAUCAGACGGUGGUCUGUUCACCACUUUGGUCGAAAUGAUGUUCGCUGGCCGCUGUGGUAUUGCUCUAGCCCUUGACAACAUUGUCAAAUCUGGAAGACCGCAGGAUGUUAUUGAGACUCUUUUCAACGAAGAGCUUGGCGUCGUCUUCCAGAUCCGCAAGAAGCAUGAGAAUGUGUUCCGCGGAGUCUUCGCGCCCAUGUCUCCGAUCAAGAUCGGCACUGUGCCAAAGGCUUCAAAGCAGGAGCUGACAAUUUACUAUGGCGCCGAUUGCGUCUAUCGUGCACCGAGAGCUGAGUUGCAGCAGAAGUGGCACCACACAUCUUGGGCAAUGCAGAGUCGCAGAGAUAACCCUGCAUGUGCAGCUGCAGAGAAGGAGAACAUCAUGAAUGAUCAGGAUCCAGGCUUGCAGUACAAGCUGACAUACAAGCCAGAUGAGAAUAUCUCGACCUGGAGCACCACCAUCUCAUCACAAAUCCGAACCAAGCCACGGGUUGCUAUCUUACGCGAGCAGGGUGUCAACGGCCAGGCCGAAAUGGCCUUCGCCUUCGCUACAGCAGGCUUCAGUCCAAUUGACGUGCAUAUGACUGAUAUUCUCUCGGGACGCUUCUCGCUCGCGUCAUGUGUCGGCCUAGCAGCCUGUGGUGGUUUCAGCUACGGCGACGUUCUCGGUGCUGGUCAAGGCUGGUCAAAAAGUGUGCUGCUACAUGAAGGCGCUCGCAACGAGUUCAAGGCCUUCUUCGAGCGCAAAGACACUUUCGCAUUGGGCGUCUGCAAUGGCUGUCAAUUCCUGUCAAGAUUGACCGAAAUCAUCCCAGGAGCAGAGAACUGGCCGACCUUUGAGCGUAACAUUAGCGAGCAGUACGAAGCUCGAGUCUGCAUGGUCCAAGUUACGAAUCCAACUUCUCAGCCGCCUUCGGUCUUCAUGCACGGUAUGGAGGGCUCAUAUCUUCCCAUCGUCACAGCUCAUGGCGAAGGUCGUGCGAAUUUCUCGCAUACUGGUGCUUCAUCACCGCAAGCUCUCGUUGACCAAGGCUUGGUGUCGAUGAGAUAUGUGGACAACAAGUUGACCCCGACUGAGCGUUACCCGUUCAACCCCAACGGCAGCCCUCUCGGUAUCACCGGUGUCAGAACCCCAGACGGAAGAGUCCUGGCGUUAAUGCCGCAUCCCGAACGUACCAUCUUGAAGGAAGUCGCCAGCUACCUGCCCGCUGAACAGGCAAAGGAGUGGGGUGAAUUUGGUCCAUGGUCCAGGAUGUUCAAGAGUGCGAGAAGAUGGGUUGGCUAGAUCCAACAUCUCCACAUGUCGUAAUUGGUUGAUGGGUCGGUUUCUGCAGGUCAGCUACGACAGAUCAAUGAUUCUUUUCCUAUAUCAUCCG